UCUUCUUCUCCUUUUAUUUUUUCCUAUAUUGCCCAUCUGAUUCUAUAUUUCUUAUCUGUUUAAAAUUAAAGCAGCCAAUUCCAAUUAUUCAACAAAUCUUUUCAAAAACUAAAAAGAAAUUCAAACAAUUUCAUCUUUCGUUCUUCUUCUUCUUUAUGAAAAUCUAAAAUUUGCAGAGCUGGAUCGUUAUGGCUAUCAAAAUCCCAGCCUUAGGAUCAAUAUACAUCGAGUCAUGCAGGAGGCAUGGUGUUGCACCGAGAACUGGAUUUUUAUCUGCUCUCUUUAAGGCUGAUGUUAAAAAAUCCCGCCAUGAGUUAUGUGUACUGGAGAUUUUAUUGGACCAUGUGAAGGAUGUUGAUUUUCAUCCACUUCUUGAAGUGACUACAAGAAUUGGUGAUUCUGAGAUUGAAGCAGUUGAUGUGCUCAAUGAAUCAUCUUGUGCAUUGAAUGGAGAAUAUGCUUUAGUUCUGAUACGAUCUAUUGAUCAGAAACUUCGGAUAGUUGAUCUCCAGGAUUUGUCAUUUGGGAAGGACUUCUUGCGGGAUGUUUCUCAACGAGGGCUACAAUGCCAAGUUCUAAACUUGAGGUCUUCGCAUUUUCGGAAGCUCAACUUGGUGGGCGAAUUUUUGCGGUUGCACACCCUUAACCUUGACUAUAGCACUAUGCUCAGUAGCUUUCGGGAGGAUUGUUUUUCUUCCAUGCCGAAUCUGAUGUGUCUCUCAAUGUGUGAGACCAGAAUUUCCAACUUAUGGACUACAAUUGCUGCACUUUCCAAACUUCCUUCUUUGGUGGAGCUUAGGUUUCAAAACUGGAUAUGCUGCAAUGAUGUUGGAUCCUCUGGAUCUUCCGUUGGUGAUGAUCAAACUGGACCCAGUCAGCCGAGCAAUGCAUCUCACCUUGAGAUGCCACCUAUUAGUCUUAAUUUACUUAUAGAUCUUGAUGUCAUGACUGAACAGGCAAUAAGAAAUUUGCUUCCAUUCAGUAUGAAUCAGAAUUUUCAAAACGCAAAUGAGGACUCUUCGGAUGAUAGUGAAGUAGAUUUUUCUAUUCACCUGGAGAAUGACCAAUUGGACUCAUCACACAGUGCACCUCCUGGGUGGAACAGAGAAAUCAAUCUACCGAGUGAGGCUACUUCUGCUGCUUUGUCAAAUCAAAAUGGAGAAGAGUCUUCUGAAGGUGCCAUCUCAGGGCAUGUUGCAGAUGUUUCAUUCAAGUACAUUUCUGAACAUGCUUCACCAAUAUGCUUUGAGCAACAUUAUAGGGAGUUCAUGAUAGCUUCAAUACCCCAGUUGAGAGUUUUGGAUAACUUACCUAUCAGAAAUAUUGAUAGAGAAAUGGCUAAUCUGACUUUCUUUAAACAUUUUGAGCGCCUACCUUAUAGAAGAAGCGACAAAGAAAGUGUUGUUAGUAUAUUGCAGAAGCGAGAAAUUAGAGCAAUCCCUUCUAGCUUCCGGACACAAAAGCAAAUGCCAAUGGAUCCUGUUGGGAAGUCGCAACAUUCUUAUGCCCGAUCUCUCUGUGCUGCAAAAAUGGGAUCUUCAGCUUGGCCAUAUAUGCAUUCACUUUCUAUUUCAGGCAAUGAUUUGGGAGAUGAAAACGGUAGCUUUCGUCCAAGGCAGUUUGAAUAUCAUCCAACUAACUCUAGCCUAAUGGUCUUUGGAACUUUAGAUGGUGAAGUAGUUGUUGUCAACCAUGAAAAGCAGAAAAUUGUUAGUUACAUCCCUUCAUUUGGGACAAUGAAUAGCGUGUUGGGGCUCUGUUGGCUCAAGCAUUUUCCCUCUAGGCUGAUAGCUGGUUCAGAUAAUGGCUCACUGAAGCUGUAUGAUAUUCAGCAUUUCCCAUCAACUUCCAACGGCUUGCGUACCGCUAGUUCUGUCACCUUUGAUGAGUUUGAUCAAUUAACAUCUGUUCAUGUUAACUCUACGGAUGAACUCUUUCUUGCAAGUGGGUACUCAAAAAACGUGGCUCUGUAUGAUAUCAACAGUGGAAGACGGUUACAAGUGUUCACUGAUAUGCACCAAGAGCACAUUAAUGUAGUCAAGUUUUCGAACCGAUCCCCAUCAAUUUUCGCUACUUCAUCAUUUGAUCAGGAUAUUAAGAUGUGGGACUUGAGACAGAAGCCAAUAAGGCCUUGCUACACUGCUACAAGUUCUAAAGGAAAUGUGAUGGUCUGCUUCUCACCAGAUGAUCACUAUCUUCUCGCCUCAGCUGUUGACAAUGAGGUAAAACAGCUCUUGGCUGCUGAUGGAAGCCUUCACCUGGAUUUUCAGAUACCUGCUACUGGCAGCUCGCAAAACUACACUCGUUCCUACUACCUGAAUGGUAAGGACUAUAUUAUAAGUGGGAGCUGUGAUGAGCAUGUUGUCCGUGUUUGCUGUGCUCAAACUGGGAGGCGUCUCAGGGAUAUUUCUCUGGAGGGAAAAGCUUCGGGGAGUUCAAUGUUUGUGCAAUCGCUGAGGGGGGAUCCCUUUAGGCCUUUCAACAUGAGCAUAUUAGCUGCCUAUACUCGACCAAGCUCGAAAUCUGAAAUAGUCAAGGUCAAUUUGCUGGCUUCUUCAGAGUGUAACAAGGAAGCUUCAUCUGGUGGGAGCUCUUUCCCAUUCAAUAGCAUGGGAGGUUAAUUUAUGUAUACAUACAAAAGCUACAGUAUCUAUCUUCUGCUACUUUAUGACUCUAUAGGUUGAACAAUCACAGUUUAUACAGGUCAGCAUAUAGUCAAUGCUAACUAUUAAAACAUUGUAAAAUCGAUAAUAUAGAUUAUUAUCGAAUAUACUAGCAAUGAAGUUUUUUAACUCCACAAACCGAAUUAAAAAAUUGUCACAUGUCCUUAGUAUAUAUUUUUAAAAAAAUAAAAAAUUAAAGAUAUGGAGAUGUGGCUGUUUUUUAAUCUAGUUUGUGAAGUUAAACUACUCAGUUGUUAGUGUAUGGAAUAACAGUCUGAUGUUAUAUCUACAUAAUGUAGGUAACUGAACAUGGGUCUUUCUGUUGCUCUGGAACAUGUUAUUUAAAUGCAACUCUUUCUAAGACUUGAAUGCU